AUGCUGUAUGUCAUCGGCCUUGGUCUCAGCGAUGAGAAGGACAUUACUGUCAAGGGCCUCGAGAAAAGCGAGCGUGUGUACCUCGAGGCGUACACCUCGAUCCUAAUGGUCGAGAAGGAGAAGCUCGAAGAGUUCUACGGACGACCGGUUAUUACUGCGACUCGCGAGACGGUUGAGCUUGAGUCCGAUGACAUUCUGAAGGAUGCCGACAAGGUCGACGUCGCGUUCCUUGUGGUCGGUGACCCUCUCGGGUGA